AUGUCUCUCUUAGUGAUUUUAUUGUGUGCCAGCUGCGUUUUGAGCGCUGAAUUGGAUUCAAGUGUAAAUAAAGAAAAUGUUAGGGAAGAAAAGCUCCGAAGCGCGCUGAUCGAUGCUUUCCAAAAUAUUAAGCAUGCAUCAGCUAAAGGUGGUAUAGAUGACGAGAGUCCCCAUAUAUCUGAUCUUGUUGGGUCUAUGUCACCUAAUUCGAGUAAGAACCACAAAAGAACCGAGGAAAAUUUAGAUGUUCUUACCGACGACGAUGGUCUGACUUUUGCUGAGGCCUUCGGCGAUGUAGAACCAGAAAGACGAACCUCUAGUACCGAAAAAUCACAUAAUGUUCAACAUAUAGUGAAAACUACGAAACAAGCUGAGAAAACUACGUUUAAACCUAAUAAAGACAUUUUCUCAAAACUCAAUGAAUCCAUACGAAACACUUUAAACGAAUCGAAAUUGCAACUUAAAGUGGAAGUGUCAAAUCAUACAGACUUUGUCAGUAUAGAAAAUAUGUUGAAAAUAAUCGACUCAAAAAUAUUAGUGACGCAGUGGCGUGAAAUCCAGAGAUCAGUGAAAGGAUUGUGCAAAGAGGAAAUGCAAGUUUACGUCAAUGGAUUAUUGGAAAGGAAAAUAUGGGCUUUGAAAAUGGAGGACGCGAGUGGUCGCUACACGUCGAUGUUCUACUGGGGCAACAACUACUGGACGGGGUCCGCCGAGCUGUGCCAGGUGCUUAACGACCAGCACGACGCCAGUCCCGUCAAACAGUAUAACGGCAACGACGGUUCUAUCUUGGGUCAAUGGCGGAACGACGUGUCGAUGUCCGGGUCAGGGCCGCCCUUUGCGACUGCCUUUUACAACGUGCGAAUGGUGAUCACCACCGACCAACAAGAACUUAUCAAAACGCGUCGUACAUUACACCUGGGGCUCUGCUUCCCGCGCUCCUGUUCAAGAGAACAGGUUGGCACACUGAUAGACGCAGUGCACUCCCCCGUCCUCCGUCACACCGUAGUGGCCGUGCGUUCCCCGCAGCAUGGCGGGUACACCUACAUCGAGGACCCCACGUUCCAAGUGUUAUUGGGUGUAUGCACCGCCUUGGCGGUACUUCUGGUGACAGCGACGGUGUACGACAUGCGACUGGGACGCGCAGUGCGCAGGCGCAGACGCCGCGCCGCCAACAUGGCCGCGGACGCUACUGCAAACGACCUCAAGCUUGACAUCAGUACACUCGACACCAUUACACACGCUUCUGGCAAAUCGAUGUACAACGUGAACAACAACAUAGCUAUCAACAGCAACACUUCCGAGGAGCGCCUCACCGCCGAGACGGCCUCCAACGACGGCGAGAUUAAACUAAGUAUAUGGUCGGAGCUACUGCUGUCGUUCUCGAUGAAAGCGAACGUGCUGCAGAUCUUCGACCAGUCGGUGGGCGCGGACACGGUGCCCGUUGUGCACGGCCUGCGCUCGCUCUCCAUGCUCUGGGUCAUAUUCGGACACACCUGCAUCGUCGUCUUCAAGUAUGCAGACAACACAGCCCUGAGAGCAGUCCUGGAGAAAAGUUUCUGGUUCCAACUCAUCAUAAGCGCUGUGUACAGCGUCGACACUUUCUUCUGUCUUGGUGGUAUGCUCGUUUCAUUCCUGUACUUCCGCACCAACGCUAACGGCAAACUGGACUUAUUGACGAAAGGGCGAAGGACUCUUACCUCCGGGGUGUUGCAGUUUCUCGGACUCAUCGGCUACAGAUUUGCCAGAUUGACGGCUCCGUAUCUGUUCAUGAUCGGCGUUGUGGAGGUGACGAUGAAAUGGUUCGCGAACAACGCGGUGUUCGAGCCGCCAGCGGCCGACCACGAGACCUGUCCGCAGUACUGGUGGCGCAACCUGCUCUACAUCAACACACUCUUCCCAGUCGAUCAAAUGUGUAUGCUAUGGAGUUGGUAUCUAUCAGAUGACACACAGUUCUACGCAGUGAGCGCCAUCCUACUCAUUUUGGCGACGAGUCACUUCAAAUUAUCGGUUAUUUUGACGAGCGUGUUCUUCCUGUCAUCCCUGGUGACGACGGGAUACGUAUCGUGGAGCAGCGAGCACGUUCCCAGCGGGGAAGACCCCUUCACCCAGUUCGAUAAAAUAUACGACAAGCCUUGGACGAGACUGGGGCCCUACCUCGUCGGCAUGGCCACUGGAUGGAUACUAUUCAAGACUAACUUAAAGAUUCGAAUGAAUAGGAUAUGGGCGUACGUGGGAUGGACUGUAUGUACGUGCACGCUGCUGUUCCUGAUCUUCGGGCUGUACAGCACGCAGUUGAACGUGGCCGUGGCCGCUGUGUACAGCGCGCUCUCGCACUCAUUGUGGGCCGCCUGCAUCGGCUGGGUCAUCGUCGCGUGCUCCACGGGACACGGCGGCUGGGUGCAUCCGCUGCUCUCCGCGCCGAUCCUGUACCCGUUCUCGCGAGUGACGUACUGCGCGUACCUGGUGCACCCGGUGGUGCUGCGCUUCGUGGCCAUGCACCUCACGCACCCCAUACACCUGGGCGAGCUGCUCGUCUUCGUACUGUUCCUGGGCUUGACUGUGAUGUCUUACUUCUUCGCUUUCUUGAUCUCGGUAGCUUUCGAGGCGCCCAUCGUCACUAUGCUCAAGAUUCUUUCUCCGCAGAAGAAACCGCACAGGGUCUGA